GAAGGUUCUGUGGCCCCAACUGUAACAGACUCUCUUUGCCUGAUUCCUCCCAAGGCAUUAGGAGAGGUGGAAAGGGGUGUCUCUAGCUCUGCGUAGAGUGUUGGGUUUAAAAGGGCUAGGGGUGCAUUGCCUAGCCAGUGAGCAGGCAUCAUGACCACCAUGGAUGAAGAGGAUCUGAGCGAGUAUUUCCGCAUACAGUAUGGACAGAAGUUGCUGAAACUUCUGAUGUGAGUUAAAUGCCACAUCUCUUCCAGCAAGAACCUUCCUCUGGGCUCCUCUCUAUUCUACCUUUUACUCUCCAUGGUCUUCUUCUUUGCUCUCCCGUGUUUUUGGUAUCUUCUUCUUUCUUUCCCCUUCUAGGUUCUCCUGCUUCACCCCCCCCCCCAGACACACACUUUUAAUAAAAGAGUCCAAGGUCUUACCAGCAUCCUGGUUCCAGCAACAGCUGGCCAGGUGCAUCUGGAAAGUCUAAAUCAGGGACUGGACUGAGGAAGAAUGGUGGGGGCUGCCUCAGUCCUCUUGAACCUUCCCAAGAACAGGAGGACAGUAUAGAUUUAGAACAGUGGUUUGCAGAAGGCCAUAGUUUAGAGGCUGCAGAGGCGCAAAGCUGGGGAAUAUUGGGAGAAGAACAGCAGGAAGAAGAAGCACUGGGGGAGAGACAGCUGACAGUCUCAGUGUCUUUGGAAAGCAUUCCUGAGCCACCCUCUCCCAGGACUAGGACUAGGCAAGCAUUGCGAGUAGUAGAACAGAAAGCUCAGAUCAGCUGGCGCAGGGAUAACAUAGGAGUGACAGAGGGGGUUGGAAUUUAUUCAGAGCAACACCAUUAUUUAAUAAAGACUGCAUUCAUUUGUGUCUCUCUGUAAAUACUGAAUAAAUUACGUGCUAAGAACUCUUCUUGUUUAUCUGUUUUUUGGCUGCCACCAGGGGAGGGAUCGGAUUCCCUGAAGCCUACCCAAACUAGACAUGAAGGUAACAGCCCCCUAUACUGGAAAAUUGAAUGAGGAGGAUUUUAACUUCACCUCCAGUGCUAUGGUCCUGAUUGUAACAUCCAUCUGCUGCCAUUAACUUUUUUUAAAAAAAUGUAGGAGAUCCUGAACAUAAAUCUCUAUGUCACAUGUAGUUUGAUCCUUUGGAUCCUUUGAUGAGGGACUUUGUAAAGCACUUUUUGUAUUUUCCAAUAUAUAGCAUCUACUGGAUUAUCACUAUUUAUACACUUGUUGGCAUGCUCAAAUAAUCCUAAUUCUAAUUGUUGCAGGAUACUUCCCUGGAUGGUGCUGUACCCCUGUUCCCAAGUGGUUCGGCAACUAACCAGACCACCCAGUACUAAAACAAGCAUAGCUUCCUCUCUUCUUGGCUCCAUGAUUAGCUGUUCACUUUUCCUUUCCAACAUCCUUCUUCGUCUGUCUCAUGUUCCAUUCACUGCUUUCAUUUCCCUUUCUUCCACUAUUGCCACUAAAGUUUCGUUUCCUUCCUCCAAACCCCUUUCUCUUGCUGGGUAUCUAAAUUGAACCCAAGCCCCAUUUUCUUGUUGCUCCUUGUAGACCUUGUAAUUUGGAACCUUGUCUGUUUUCUGACUGAAACUCAUCUCUGGGCUUGAUCCAGGCACCUUUGAACAAACAGGAUAUUCUAUCAUUCUGCCCCUUCAUCCUAAGGUGUGUGAGCUGCACAAAACCUACCUAGCUCACAGGUCCUAUGACUUAGAAAUAUAUCUGCACUCUUCAUGGGAAAAUUCUUUUUCUCUUUUAUUAGGAAAUUCCCAGUAUCUGAGGAGGAGUCCCCAUCUCCCUCCAUUCGGCUCCUGGAGAAGAAAAAAGAAGCCAAAUUGGUGCACCAGGCCAUGGAGGCACAAAAGGAGGUGAGGAGAUGCCCUGCUUUACUGCCUCUGUAUCCCUGAUGACCAGCUUUACCUUCAUUUGUCACCAGCCACUUCAAAACCACAGAACUACAUGGCUUAUUGGCAGCAAAUUGCACAUGUUUUUCCUAUUUGCUAUCAAAACAUCUUCUGAUCCACCUGGCCAGGAUGCUGAUUUCUUUGAAGUUUUGGGCUCUCUGUAACUUGAGAGAAAAGAAGGAGGCAACACAGUCUUCCGACUCCUAACAGAACAAGAAGACUACUGCAGCCUUCCCUGACCAGAUGUCCUCCAAAUAUUUUGGAUUUUAGCUUCCAUCAGUGUCAGAAUGGUUAGUAGGGACGAGUGUGAGCUGUAGUCCAAAAUAUCUCAAAGGCACCAGUCUGAUCUACUGGAGUCAGAUGUCCUACUGGUCUCUUCCCUCUGUGAACCUUUCAGGCAUUCAAGACAAGGAUGGAAGCCCUGAACAAUCGUUGGGAGGAACUUGGUUCUAAGGAGAUUCAGUUGAAAGCAUAUAUUCGGAAAUUCGAGCAAUUCAUACAGGUAUUUGCUUCUUGCAAUUCUCUGGCUCUUACAUUAUAAGACCUCCACCCUAUUUAAGCACAGCACAGGCCUGAUUGUGAUAUGCCUGGAGCUACGCAUAUGUACACAGGCUAGUUGCUCUUCACCCAAUAGUAGAAUCGUAGAAUUGUAGAGCUUGAAGGGACCACGAGAGUCAUCUGGUCCAACUUCCUGCAGUGCAGGAAUCUUUUGCCUAACGUAGGACUCAAACCCAUGACCCUGAGAUUAAGAGUCUCAUGCCCAACCGAUUGAGCUAUCCUAGCUGAAACUAUCCCAGUUUAACUUAGGUGGAGUGAUAGGGGGCAUAACCUGGGCAAGGACACAAAAUAUACAAGAUUCAUUUAAUGCAAUCACCAGGUAUUUAAAUCACAUCGUGUUUUAUUUUCAACAUCAAAUUAGUGAGCUUGUCUUCCAAAUGUAGAGGACAGUCUAGAUAUCAGCUUGUGGAAGAUUACCAGAGACUCAAUAAAUGCAGCAGGCUAUGCAAAGUGCCAUAGCUGAGGCUUCUGCAGGCUAACCCAAGCAAACCAUAUUCAGGCAUUGACUACUGCUAGCAGUGGAGAAGAUCAAGCCACAUUGGCUCCAUCAGCCAGCUGAAUUUUUGCACACCAGAUGCUGAGUAGACUCAGUUUGAAUGCCAAGAAUUUCAGUAGUGGUACUUUUAAAGCAGUACCUCCAUUUCCUAGCUCAAUUCAAUGCUGGUUCAGAUGGAGACAUAGUGUCGGGAGAGAUCAUAGCUCAGUGGUAGAGCACACGGUUUGUGUGCAUGAGGUCUCAUGUUCAAUUGCAGCCUUGGUCAAAGAAAUGGCUAGUUAGUUAUAGCACUGCCUCUGCCUCCGGAACAGUACUAGCAGGCAUUACUGGGCUAGAUGGGCAAAUAUCCUGACAGGGUACAGGGCAACUUCCUAUGCACUUCUGACAGCCUUAUAGACUCUGCAUCUUGUCUUGAUUCCUUUUCAAUGGUAUGUGGGGUGGGGUCCAACAUGGGGCCAUUAGGAGAAUGACCAGAAACGGAUCAGAGCCCUGAAGAAAGCCAACAAGGAGCGGGAACUAAAGAAGCAGCGAGUGAAAGAGCUGGCCAAGGCCAAGAUAGAGAUGGCAGCUCUGAAGCAGCAGCACCAGAAGCUCUACAACAAGCUACAGCAAUACUCCAUCUUCAACAAGUACCUGGAGAAAGUGGUUGAGGUCUCCGAGGUACGUAUGGCUGCUAAGAUGGGAGACAUAGUCUGAGGGUGGAGCUCAAGAGCAGAUGUCCAGUUCUUUGGUCUGUAGCCUAUGUGCAGAACCAAAGAAGCAGGCAGGGGGACAAAGGACCAACACUUGAGGUUACCUUAUUGUGAUUCUGUCUGUGCCACCAGAAAUAUGCAGAUCAGAAUUAAGUAAAGGUAAAGGUACCCCUGACAUUAGGUCCAGUAGCGGACGACUCUGGGGUUGUGGUGCUCAUCUCGCUCUAUAGGCCGAGGAGUCAGUGUUUGUCCACAGACAGCUUCCAGGUCAUGUGGCCAGCAUGACUAAGCCCCUUCUGGCAAACCAGAGCAGCGCACAGAAACGCUGUUUACCUUCCCGCCGGAGUGGUACCUAUUUAUCUACUUGCACUUUGUCUUGCUUUCGAAUUGCUAGGUUGGCAGGAACAGGGACUGAGCAACGGGAGCUCACCCCCUCGCGGGGAUUCGAACCGCUGACCUUCUGGUCGGUAAGCCCUAGGCUCUGUGGUUUAGCCAGUGCUUUUUUCCUUUUUUUGAAAAAAAAGUUUAUGGUAAUUCUCAUUUUCCUACUCAUAUUAAAAUACUGCCCCUCAAUGAGGCCAAACUUAGAUUCACAAAAUGUUUAGAGGUAUGUGUACCCCUGCAUCCCCCCAGAAAAAAAGCACUGGGUUUAGCACUGGCUCUACAGUUCAUGCUAGAAUCUAGAAUCAUGUUCUAGAAUCUGAAGUUUCUACAGUUGAUGCUAAACUAAGUUUUAGAAUCUGAAGUUUAGAACAACUGGAUCAUUGGUGCAACUGCUAUUCAAGCAUCUACACAGUUUCAUGAACAAUGGUGGUGACUUUGUAUCGUGAGCAUUUGUCCCCCUAUUUGCUGCCUUUAAGCUGUAGUUCUGCACAGUGCAGUACAGCCGUGAUCAAAUACCCAUUGUACAAUAAUAGCUGGCUUCCUAAGCCAAUAUAUUGGCUGGCUGCGCUAUGGUGUCUGUGGCCAGGCACCCAUCUGUUCCUGCAUGUCCAAGGAUCUGUCAUGGGGAGGAGACGAUGUGAUCCUUGAGAGGCUACUAUUUGGAAUUGACUAUUGGCUAAGGGAAGAUCAGUAUCUCAGGGUUCAGGACAGUAAUGAAAGGCAUUCCCUGUAGUUUGAGGAGAUCCGGGAGGUCAUCGGUCGCUACAAGACCCUCGUAGGAAUGCACCGGGACCUUGUGCAGUCGGCACAGGAGGGGAUGGAGAUGAUUGAGCAAGCUAAAGUCCGCCUGGCGCGCUACAAGGAGGAAAAAGAUGAUGAGAUGCUGCAGCACAACAAUGAGCUAGCCCGCCUACAGCUGCGUUUCGACCAUGCCCGCAGCGAUGUCAUCGUCUGGGUAAGGAGUAGGGAUGGGGAAAUGUCUUCCUUUGCAUGGAGGGCUUUGACCUGGUAAUACGAUGGCAAGCCUGAAACCAGUCUGGAUGGAUCAGAAUCUUUGUCUCUUCCUGAACUAUCUGCAUAUCCUAACAGGCUUACUCUCAUCCCAGACCUCGGUCUAAUCAUAACUUAAAAUCCGCUGCCAUGAACCCAUACUCUGGACUAGCUGCAGACAAACCCUGGCUCAGUGAACACUUAAGCCAGAGAGGAUGGCAAGAAUGGUCAGCAAUCCACUGGGCAUCACUGGGAGCCAUUUACCUGUUUGGCAGUGGGCAGGGCAUUUUGGCUAGCACAUGGCACUGUAUCACUCGAAAUCAGGGAUAGGGAAUCUGAGGCCUGGAGCCAAAAUCUGCUCACAGAGCUACAGUUCUCUGAGUGGUUUAAUAGUCAAUCCCUUUUCCUGGGGAACUUUGGGGACUGUGAGUGGAAUAAGGGUCUCCUAACAACUCUCAGCAACUAUAACAAACUACAGUUCCCAUGAUUCUUUUGGGAAGCCAUGAUUGUUUAAAGUGGUGUGAUACUGCUUUCAAAACAUAGCGCAAAUGGGGCUGGAGUAUUCAGAGAAUCAUAGCAUUGGAAGGGACCCUGAGGAUCAUCUAGUCCAAACCCCACCCCACCCCUGAACGCAGGAAUAUGCAGCAGUCCCUUACCAGGAUCGAACCUGCAAACUUGGCAACAUCAACACCACACUCUAACCAGCUGAGCUAUUAGGGAGUCUCAGGAGCCAUUCCAGACCACCAUAUAUGUUCUUUAUCAGGAAGAAAUGACAGAAGGAGGGAGCUACUUCAUUUUUAAACCUCAUUAGUGGUAGCCAGAGAACAUUUACCACCAUCUUUGGCAAUGGUGAAUAUCUUACAGUUUAGGGAGGGAAAAGAAAGAUGCUGGCCUUGUGUUUGAACGACUAACUACAGUAGGACAAGGCAGGAUGAUGCCAUGAACCCUAACUGGGGCUGCCCAUUUCUGCCUAGUAACAAACUUCUUAGCAUUUGAACCAACAUUCCAUGGGGGGGAGGCAGACAGGCAGACAAUAACACAGAACAUUUUGCUGAAAGGGCUUUGUAUGCGACAGAUCAGAUUGCACAAUGGAAAUGCAAAACAUAAGAGAGGCAUCUUAGGCUGGUUGCUAUGCAAGUUGUGUUGAGCCCAUCUCCCCCAAAUGAAGUUCAGGACACUUUUAACGUGGAAAGUAGCAGCAUACUAGUCACGUCCAUCGAAACCUCAUUUUCGAUGCCUCUGCCUUCUCCGCAGGAGUCACGUUGGGCCCAUAUCCAGAAUACGGCUGCGAAGAAAACAUUGAUGCUGGGUACCAUCAAGAUGGCCACUUUGAAUCUCUUCCAGAGUGUAGCCAAGCAGAUGAAGGAGGCUUUAAUGGUGCCCGUGGAGGACACACACAAGCAGCUGGAUAUGGUACACGUGUCCUGAGUUCUCCACCUCUCCUCUCCAGGGUCUGGCAGUGCUUUUAGUCUAUACCUGAAGGUCUCAGGGCGGUUCACAGAACAAAAUCGAAAUACAAAACCACAAAAUACACAUGGGGUUGAGUGCCCUGAGGGCAUUCUUGCGUUUCUGCCCCCUGAGAUGGUUGCUUGUGAGUGGGCCAUUUCUGUUUGCAAGCUGAGCAUAAAGUCUUCAGUCCUUCAUUGUUUGAGGCCCAUCAAGCCAUGUUGUGACAAGGAGAUACAAUUGGGAGGGCUUAUAUCUGGUUCGUCCAGAAUGUAUCUGGAAAUGAAACACAGUAAGCUGGAAACAGUGGUGAAUUGAUGGCUCUUGUGCUACAGCAUGUUCUCUCUCCAGUGUAGUUUGGACAUUGCUUCCCCCCACCAGCCCCAUAGUCCACAGUUCUACCAAGAGUUCUAUCCUCCAGACCAGCAGCCCCAAUUAAAUCCCAAAGUAGCUUUCUUCUCCUUUAAAAGAAGAGGAAGUAAAAUCGGUUAAGGUUCAGUGGGCGAAGGACAUUAGGUACAAUAUACAGAUGACAGAAUGGGAAAAUUUAUGGAGAAAUGAACUGAAAUUUAUGGCUUGCUUUACUAUAAAGGAAAACUUUAUGAAGAUGCUAUACAGAUGGUACAUCACACCCAGCAAAUUGGCUAAAAUGUACAAAACCAACUCAAAUUUAUGCUGGAGGUGUAGAGAACUAGAGGGAACAAUGUACUAUAUGUGGUGGGGUUGUAAAAAAAAAUAAAGAGCUUUUGGGAACUUAAAUACAAUAAACUAAAAAAAUUGUUCAAAAUAACGUUUAUCAAAAAACCUGAAGCCUUCCUCUUAGGCAUUAUGGCAUCAGACAUUUUGAGAGAGAAAAAGAGGAUUUUUAUGUACACAACAACUGCAGUGAGAAUGCUGAUAGCCAAGGGACGGAAAGGAGAUAAAAUCCCAACAAAAGAAGAGUGGCAGGUUAAACUGUUUGAAUAUAUGGAAUUAGCAAAUAUGACAGAGAAGAUCAGGUAUCCAUCGACCCAAAAGUUCAAAAAGGAAUGUGAGAUUUAUAGACAAUAUUUAAAAGAACAUUGUCCCCACAUUAAAACUUUAGAUUUAAUACAGGUUGAGUUUAUUGAAAAAUAGAGGCAAGUAAUAAGGAAACAAAGAACCCACACUAAGGAGGGUGAAAGUUGGUGGGUGAAAUAUUUUUUGUGUUUCCAUGUUGUAUUGUUCUUUUUUCUUUUUAUUUGUGAGUUAUGUUUUGUGGUUUUUGUGUGUGUGUGUCAUUUAUAAACUAAUAAAGACUGAAAUAAUAAAAAUGAAUAAAAAUCCCAAAGUAGCCCUCAGUUCCAGCCUAUGCUGUUGUGAUGGCUCCCCUCUGCUUGUAUUAAUCGGAUGUUCAUCCUCUUUGUUCUCAGAUCCAGCAGUUUAUCCAGGACCUGUCUGACAUCUGGUCAGAGGUGAAGAAGAAAGAACAAAACAGAUCGCUAACAGGAAUGAACAAGGAGUGACCCAGGAGGCGUCAGAAAAAGAGUAUAAUGUGCCCCACUUCUCUUCUCUCAGAGAACCCCCUCAGCUGUGCUUUGGUUGUCCUUUGGAACGGAAGAUGCCCCAUGACUGCAUUUUAAUCAAUAUCCUUCCCACCUUUUACUUUCCCUUCACUGGAAACAAAACAUAGUCUUUAUGGUAUAUAAAGAGAAUAUUUUAGUUAGUG